GAGCCCAGGUACCGUAGCAAACCCUAGAGGUACCGUAGCAAACCCCGCUCAAACCCUAGAGGCCCCAGCCGCGCGGCCUCCGCCGCCGCGAAUGAGGCCGCCGUACGCCCAUCUGGCCUCGCCCAUCACGAUGUCCUCGUCCUCCUCUGCUGCCACAGCUGCGACCUCCUCCUCCUUUUCCGUUCCGCCAUCUUCCUCCACGGCACCCCUAUGCCAAGGGCUUGUUUUGGGGGUGCCUGCGCCGCGUCCCGCACAGAUGCCCGUUGGUUACACCGGGUUCGUGCCACCGCCUCCGUUUGGAUCGAUGCAUCGCGACCCCGACCAGCCACCGCCGUCAUCUUCACAGUAUACAAGCUCUGCCCCUGCCGAACGGCCAGGCAAUUCAUCGAACAACAUGGACGCGCCUCCGCCCUCGCAGCCGGACGCCGCGGCGGCGGCGGCGGCGCCGCCCUCCUCGACCUCAGCUUCUGCUCCCUCUCCGGCGCCACCAUCUAACCCACCGUCAUCCGCCGCUUCUGCAGCACCCUCUUCUGACUCCACCAUCACCUCCCCUACCCCUACCCCGAGCCCAGGUACCGCAGCAAACCCCGCUCAAACCAUAGAGGCCCCAGCCCCCAGCCUCGCGGCCGCGCGGCCACCGCCGCCGCGAAUGAGGCCGCCGUACACCCACCUGGCCUCGCCCAUCACGAUGUCCUCGUCCUCCUCUGCUGCCACAGCUGCGACCUCCUCCGCUUCUGUUCCGCCAUCUUCCUCCGCGGCACCCCCUAUGCCAAGGGCAGGGCUUGUUUUGGGGGUGCCUGCGCCGCGUCCCGCACAGACGCCUGCUGGUUACACCGGGUUCGUGCCACCGCCUCCGCUUGCUCACCAGUUUGGAUCGAUGCAUCGCGACCCCGACCAACCACCGCCGUCAUCUUCACAGUUUAGGCAGCCUUCCCCUGGGAUUCAAAAUAUUGGGAUGGUUGGAUCCCUAAGCGCAUCCCAGAUGAGACCAGGAAUACUAACCGGUUUGCAGCAGACAAGACCUGGCCUUGCAUCAUCAGCAACUCCGAUUCCAUCUGGUAGUCAAAUGUCAGGUUCACAAAGAACCCCCUCCCAUGCUUUAAUGAGGCCGAUGUCUGUGGGUUCUCCGUCUCCUUCCCCUGCGUCACAGCAAACUCCACAAAACUCAUCUUCAGCAUUUAGGCCGCAACAGAGGCCACAAGUUCCACAACCAAGACCACAACAAUCUGCGCCUGUGACUCCGCAUCAGCAGAAUGUAAUUUCAGCACAGCAGCAGCAGCAACAGAAGCAACAGCAACAAAGUUCCUCGCAUCAAAUUCAACAAAAUCCAACACCCAAAAACCAGCCACAGCAUUCGCAGCAGCAAGCUGCUCGUACCCCAGUGACAAUGACACAGAAGCCUGAUUUGCCUGCUAUACAAAAUGCUACUGUUUUGCAAUCUGUCGAUACAGCCGCAAUCGAUGCGGAUGCUAGUGAAACUGGUACUCGACUACUCACCAAGAGAAGCAUACAUGAAUUAGUUGCCCAGAUUGAUCCUAACGAAAAGCUGGAUCCUGAAGUUGAAGAUGUUCUUAUGGACAUUGCCGAAGAUUUUGUUGAGUCUGUCACUACAUUUGCUUGUUCGUUAGCAAAGCAUAGGAAGUCAAACACCCUAGAAGCCAAAGAUGUACUCCUCCAUGCAGAAAGAAGUUGGAAUAUCACCUUGCCAGGCUUCAGUGGGGAUGAAAUCAAACUAUACAAGAAACAGCACAUAAAUGACAUUCACAGGGAGAGGCUUGCUCUGAUCAAGAAGUCAAUGGCGACUGACACAAGAAACUCUGCUUCCCAAGCUGCAGCUAACCAGAAAAAUCAGACUCCGAAACCACCUGCCCCAGUGUCCCCAUGAAAGAUGUCCACUAGCUUGCAAACCCAGUAUCACGCAUCGCCACCUUUGGUGUUGGACAGUGUGGGUCUGUUGUUUUGUUGAAGCGUUGUGGCAGUAUUGCUACAGCAGUGGAUGUGUUGCAAUGAUUACAUGUACAGAUGAUUUUUCGCGGGUACCUCGUCAUUCAAUACAGUACCAUUCGUGUUGAGAAA